GACAUCUACAUUGCGACGUCGCUGAUGGACCUUUAUGGGAUGUGUUCUCAAGCACUGGAUGCUCGUAAGGUGUUCGAUCACAUGCCUGAUAAAGACGUUGUGGCUUGGAAUGUGAUGCUCUCUAGCUACGCUUGCUUAGGUAUGAUGCGGCUCGCAGAACAGUUGUUUGAGGAGAUUCCCCUGCGAAAUGUUAACUCUUGGACUGCGUUGAUCUGUGGGUUCUUGGAAUGUGGAGAUUUAAGCGAAUCAAUGAUCGCCUUUCACCGAAUGCAGCUCGAUGGUUUGAAGCCUGACAAAGUCAUGGCUGUCACAAUGUUAUCUGCUAUUGCUGAUCUAGGAAUGCUGGAUUCAGGUAAGUGGUUUCAUGAGUAUGUGAAGAAGAAUGAGAUUGCAAUUGAUGCUUAUGUUGGCAAUGCACUCGUAGAUAUGUAUGCUAAAUGCGGCAGUAUCCAGGAUGCCAGACUAGUGUUCGAUGAGAUAAUUCGAAAAAAUAUUUCAUGCUACAAUUCUAUGAUCUUCGGACUGGCUGCUCAUGGACUAGGGGAGGAAGCUCUUGAAAUAUUCACAGAUGCUGAGAGAACUGGGAUUGGAAUAGAUGACAUUACUAUGACUGCGGUUCUAACUGCAUGCAGCCACUCUGGCUUGGUCGAGGAAGGUCUGAAGUACUUUAAAACAAUGCAAAAUGUUUAUGGCAUUGAGCCUAAGACAGAAUAUUAUGGAUGCAUUGUUGAUCUUCUGGGAAGAGCUGGAAGAUUUGAUGAGGCAAUGCAGAUCAUAGAGAUCACAGAGGAUGAUUCUUUCAUAUUGGGAACGUUAGCUGCAGCUUGUAGGACUCAUGGAAAUCUUGGGUUAGCCAAUGAACUAGUAAAAAACAUCUCCAAGUUGGAUCCAACAAAUUGUGGGUUUCUAGUGUUGCAAGCUAAUGCUGAAGCAGCUAGUGGGAGGUGGGAAGAGGCUGUAAAUGUUAGAAGACUGAUAAAGGAUACUAGAAUCAAGAAGAGGCCUAGUUGCUGUUGGAUUGAAGUGGGAAAUGAAGUGCACGAGUUUGUUGCUAGUGACAACUCUCAUCUAAAUUCAGUAAAGAGUGCGAGGACCAUGUUAACAACACCUCAAAGCAUUAGAAGGUUAGCCAAGUGAUCUGUGACACUGUUUGCUUCCUCAGAAAGAAGACUAGACGAGACAAAAUAAAAGAAGAGGCAGAUGUAGAUUGGCAAGGAUGAUGUUACCACCAAGUGAUGAAGCCGGUGUUUGUCGCUGCAUCAUUGUCUGGUUCAUCUUGCUAGGUUUUUGAAGAGGUUCUCCAGAACUCCCUGUGCGCUGGGAAGCCAUGGCCUUCAUGGCAACGUAUCUGGGAGCCCUGAGAUGGCAUGGAAGGAAACAUUGGGUUGUGAAGCAACUGCUUCUGUUGCUGCUGACACCCCUCCUUCGGCUUAAGAGAGAAGAGAAGGUGUUGAUGCUUGAAGUAGCCGACGACAUAUUCUCCAGUAUGUCGAGGUUGACGUUGGGGAUCAGAGUUUAGUUUGAUCUCAGACGUCUCUCUCUCCAUAAAUAAAUAAAUAUUAUAUCUCGGGGAUAGAAUUUGUUGAGUAAAAAAACCUGAAAGAUUUA